CUCUUCAGUGACGGGUUGAGGCUGCUCGGCCAUUCACGCUGAUGAGCUUCACACCAGGACAACUUUGACAAGGAGACACGGUGUUUCCUCCUUCAUUUAUAACCACAUUCUUCGGAGAUAGAGAUGGCUGCCAUCAGGAAGAAGUUGGUGAUAGUUGGAGAUGGUGCGUGUGGGAAAACCUGUCUUCUUAUUGUCUUCAGUAAGGAUCAGUUCCCAGAGGUCUACGUCCCCACAGUGUUUGAGAACUACAUCGCAGACAUUGAGGUUGAUGGCAAACAGGUGGAGUUGGCACUGUGGGAUACUGCAGGCCAGGAAGACUAUGACAGACUGCGGCCUCUUUCUUACCCUGACACUGAUGUUAUCCUCAUGUGCUUCUCUAUAGACAGCCCUGACAGUUUAGAGAAUAUUCCAGAGAAAUGGACACCUGAAGUAAAGCACUUCUGUCCCAACGUCCCAAUCAUCCUUGUGGGCAACAAGAAGGACCUUAGAAAUGACGAACACACACGCAGGGAGUUGGCCAAAAUGAAACAGGAGCCAGUGAAGUCUGAGGAGGGCAGAGACAUGGCCAAUCGCAUCAGUGCCUUUGGUUACCUGGAGUGUUCGGCCAAGACAAAGGACGGCGUUCGGGAUGUGUUUGAGAUGGCCACCAGAGCGGCCCUGCAGGUCCGCAAGCGCAAGAAGAGGAGCGGCUGCCAACUGCUGUGAGGGGGCAGUGUGUGACGGCCAAUCAGCACCGGAGGGAGGACUCUCCCACAAACACAGAACAAACUUAGAAAAGGCAUAAAUCAAUGGCUUCCAUUGAGUGUACUUACUUCACUGAUGCAGGCACAUAUGAAAGACUGAUGCACCAGAAUAAAAGCAAAACAAAUCAGCUUUUUUUUGUUUUUUUGUAAGCAGUUUCCACUGCAACUCACUCAGCAAAUGCUAACUUCCUGUUUGUCUUUUUUGGCACCGGCACACCAAUCUGUUUGUGUGAGGGGUUGUUCCCUUCCUUCUCUAUAUAUGAAUGUAUGUUUGUAUUUAUAUGUUGAUAUACUUUACCAAUGCCAUG